GGGGAAGUCCUAGAUGCUUUACAGUCCCCAGCAGGCAGUGCCCGUCUAGAGGAAGCACGAGAAAGCUCUGGGAAUGAUCUGGGAAAGGUACUUCAGCUACUUCUGCCAACGGCUGUACAAAUUCAACAAGAUGUCCUGCAGAACUAUGGAUUCAGCCCUGAUGGGGAGGGUGUUCUCAGGUUUGCUCGCCUUGUGAAGUCCUUUGAGUCUCAGGACCCCGAGAUUGCAGCCAUGUCCAACAAGCUGAAAUCCUUCUUUCUACCUCCAUUACCCCUUCCUCCACAUGCCGGGCAUCCAGUCCCAUCAUCCUGAACUCCGGAAUAGCAAAGUAUCUUCAAACUAGACUUUUUCUCCAUUCCCGAGUCCCCAGCUGUUUCAAACCCUUCCCAGUCGUUUAAGUGUUAAUACCUGUCCUAUUAUUAAAUGUUUCUAUUUAUCUUC